UAAUGUAGUCAUGAUGUCGAAGUUUCCGUGCUUCUUAGCCUAUAUCAAACAACUGAUAUUACAAUACAUAGAAACCACAUUACCUGCCACAGACUGAUUAGUAGCUUGAUAAUUAUGUUUAGGUUUAAAGCUCUCAACUUUCUCCACCUCACAAACAAAACUAAACUAAAACCCAAAUCAAACCUUCUAAUUCAUAGCUUUAAUACAUUAAUUUCCGCAAUUAAACAAGAAGAAGAAAAAGCAAAGCACUUGCUUUCUCUAUCACUCGAAAAUUCAACAAUUCACCAAUCUACCCAACAAAUUCACUCACAUUUACUCACCAAUGGCUUGUUUAUCAAUUCCAUGCUUCUUUUUAACAUUUUACUCAGAUGCUAUUCUCUAACUACAUCUCCUCACUUAGCUUUCUUGCUAUACAAUCAACUCCAACUACUUUAUUUUCACUCCCCAUUGUUAUCACCCUUUGUAUUUGAUAGCUUUACUUACACCUUUCUUUUGAAUGCAUGUGCUAAUGCUUUUUGUCCGAGAGUAGGGUCUCAGUUACACAGUCUCAUUAUCAAAGUGGGGUUUCGAUCCCAUAUUUAUGUGCAUACUGCUCUUGUAAACAUGUAUGUUUCUAGUGGAAUUUUGUGUAAUGCACGUCUUGCGUUUGAUGAAAUGCCUGAGAGAAAUUCUGUUACGUGGAACGUGAUGAUUACUGGGUUGGUUAAGUUGGGUGAGCUUGAAUUUGCAGUUUCUCUCUUUGAUGAGAUGCCGGAGAAAAAUGUUGUAUCUUGGACUGGGAUUAUUGAUGGGUAUGUGAGGAUGGAGAAAUAUGGUGAAAGUUUAGGUUUGUUUCGGAGAAUGGUUUCGUUGGAAGGUAUUAGACCGAGUGAAAUAACAAUUCUUGCUAUUUUACCAGCCAUUUCAAAUAUGCGGGAAUUGAAGAAUUGUGGAUUGAUUCAUGGUUAUGUGGAGAAGAGGGGAUUUAAUAAAUCGGAUAUACGUGUUGCUAAUUCGAUUAUUGAUACUUAUGCAAAAUGUGGUUGCAUAGAAAGUGCCUCGAGGUUUUUUGAGGAGAUUUCGGCAGAGAGGAAGAAUUUGGUAUCUUGGACGUCGAUCAUUUCUGGGUUUGCUAUGUAUGGAAUGGGAAAUGAAGCAGUAGAGAUUUUCGAGAGGAUGGAGAAAACAGGCGUAAAGCCUAAUCGAGUGACGUUCUUGAGUGUUUUGAAUGCCUGUAGCCAUGGAGGUUUAGUAGAAGAGGGGUACAUGCUGUUUGAGAAGAUGGUGAAUGAGUAUAGUAUAUUGCCGGAUAUUAAGCAUUAUGGGUGUUUGAUUGACAUGCUGGGACGGACAGGGAGGUUGGAAGAAGCAGAGAAAUUGGCUUUGAGAAUUCCUAGUGAAAUUGCUAAUGUUGUGAUAUGGAGGACUCUUUUGGGUGCGUGUAGCUUUCAUGGUGAUAUUGAGAUGGGCGAGAGGGUGACGAGGAUGAUAAUGGAGAUGGAAAGAGGAUAUGGAGGGGAUUACGUGCUCAUGCACAACAUUUUUUCUGGUGCUGGGAGGUUUAAGGAUGCUGAAAGGUUGAGAAUUUUGAUGGAUGAGAGAAAUGCUUUUAAACUUUCGGGCCAUAGUUCAGUCUGACUCAUUGCAAAUGGUAGUUCCAGCUUAAAACGAUACCCUGCGGGGGCAUAGAAAGAGCUGAAAGCUAGACAUUGGCACCUGAUUAUAACUGAUGGAGACUCUUGAAAUUGACAUCCGGCUAACAGACAUACUCUAUAAGUGUAGCAGACAUGCAACAAGCAAAAUAGAAAUUAUAGAAAAUGAUCCGGAAGCAAAUCUUGCAUCAAAGAAUUUCACACUUGGAAGAAAGAAAGGCUUCAGAGUUCAGACAACAUUCAGGGAAUUGUACAUAAAUCACCAUAGUAAACAAAUAUGCAAGAUGAGGCUGCAAAUCAUCAAGGACGUGCAUGUUCAUUUUAUGUACGGUAAGAAGAUGCCCGUGGUAAGACAUGUAUGUUUCUCCUUUUGUUCUUAGUUUCUUCUCCCAUGUACAAACUCACCAAUGUGUCGGUAUAUUUCCUACUCUAAUACACCUAAAUGUUGCCUGAUACCUACCCAGCCAAUGUAUGAGCUGAACUUACCAA